AUGGUGGCAAGACUCAUUAAGCACUUCCUCACGGCCCUGGGGGGACUCGUGGCAGUUCCACUCAUCCUGGCCAAGGACCUGUGUUUGCAGCAUGACCCCCUGACCCAGAGCUACCUCAUCAGCACCAUUUUCUUUGUCUCUGGCAUUUGCACUCUCCUGCAAGUAUUUUUAGGAGUCAGGCUGCCCAUUCUCCAGGGAGGAACAUUUGCUUUUCUGGCACCCUCCCUGGCCAUGCUGUCCCUUCCCACCUGGAAGUGCCCCACGUGGACACUCAAUGCCAGCCUGGUGAACACCAGCUCCCCUGAAUUCACUGAGGAAUGGCAGAAGAGGAUCCGAGAGGUAUUGGGUUUUAUCAUCCAGGGAAAGAAACUAGUGGCCUUGAAGCAGGCUCUGAAGUUUGGCCAUGCUCCAGGUACCACCAAUCUGGGUGGCCCUGCCGCAGGCUUCCAGGUGCUGAGCCCCACGCUUCCUCUUCAGCUGCAGGGAGCCAUCAUGGUUGCUUCCUGUGUCCAGAUGCUGGUGGGCUUCUCAGGCCUCAUUGGCUUCCUCAUGCGCUUCAUCGGCCCCUUGACCAUUGCUCCGACCAUCUCCCUGGUGGCCCUGCCUCUCUUCGAUUCUGCGGGCAAUGACGCCGGGAUCCACUGGGGGAUUGCCGCCAUGACCAUCUUCCUCAUCGUGCUGUUUUCUCAGUACCUGAAAAACAUCGCGGUGCCUGUGCCUGUUUACGGACGAGAGAAGAAGUGUCACACCUCUAAGUUCUACCUGUUUCAGGUCUUCCCUGUGUUGCUGGCGCUCUGCAUCUCCUGGCUGCUGUGCUUCGUGCUCACAGUCACCAACGCCCUCCCCUCGGCGCCUGCAGCCUACGGGUACCUGGCCCGCACAGACACCAAGGGCGACGUCCUGAGCCAGGCUCCGUGGUUUCACUUCCCUUACCCAGGGCAGUGGGGCCUCCCCACCAUCAGCCUGGCUGGGGUCUUUGGGAUCAUCGCGGGGGUGAUCUCCUCAAUGGUGGAGUCAGUAGGCGAUUAUUAUGCCUGUGCCCGCCUGGUGGGGGCACCACCCCCUCCGAAGCACGCCAUCAACCGAGGCAUCGGCAUCGAGGGCCUGGGCUGCCUGCUGGCCGGGGCCUGGGGUACGGGGAACGGCACCACCUCCUACAGCGAGAAUGUCGGCGCGCUGGGCAUCACCAGGGUAGGGAGCAGGAUGGUGAUUGUCGCUGCGGGCUGCGUGCUGCUCCUGAUGGGCGUAUUUGGGAAGAUCGGGGCUGCGUUUGCCACCAUCCCAACCCCUGUGAUCGGAGGCAUGUUCCUGGUGAUGUUUGGGGUCAUCACUGCCGUGGGGAUUUCCAGUCUUCAGUACGUGGACAUGAACUCGUCCAGAAACCUCUUCAUCUUUGGCUUCUCCAUCUACUGUGGGCUUGCUGUUCCCAACUGGGUGAACAAGAACCCGGAGAGGCUCCACACAGGUGAUUCUCCGUCCUCUAGACUGUGACCACGCCAGGGGCAGAGCAGGGAUUCUCCAGUUGGACCAGGUCAUCCAGGUGCUGCUGACCACGGGCAUGUUUGUUGGUG